AUGGACCCAUGGGUCAAAUAUUGUUUGAACUUUGUUCUGGGCCUAACAACUGGUGCGCCUACACUUGGUCUGCUGCAGUGGUCCUAUACCUGGGGCGGAACCACCGUUCUCUUCGACCCACAAAAAUCUGAAGGUGGGGCGACGCACCGCUGCAGGUCCCCCGGCUGCAUCCGGUGGACAUCAUAUGGGUUUAUCACCAAAAAGGUGGGCGCGCGCUGGUGCCAUGCCCACGCCACGGACGGCAUGGAAGACCUGCGCAUCCUGAAGUGCUCCAGUGUCGCCCGAGGGGGAGGGCCCUGCCGUGCCCAGCCGUCACAUGGCUUUGAGGGGGACAAGCGCCCCAUGCGGUGUCGGAAGCACGCAGAGGAUGGCAUGGAGAACGUCAGGAUGCCAGGGUGCCAACAUCAAGGCUGCAAGCGACAGCCGCUGUACAGGGAGCCGGGCCUGGACAAGAAGCCGACCCGCUGCCGCAAUCACGCUCUCCCCAGUAUGAAGGAUCUCGGGGGGGCCAUGUGCUGGGGGGGCGACGGCUCCUGCACCAAGCGCCCCUCGUAUGGUUUCCGGAAGAAUACCCGGCCGAUGCGCUGCGGCUCACACAAGGAGCUGGGCAUGGAGGACCUCAUCAGCACGAGGUGCAACUUCCAGGGCUGUCGGACAAUCGCCUCGUACGGCGUCCGAGCCCCCAACAGCCAUGUGAUCCGGCGGAUGCGCUGUAAGGCGCACUGCACCCUUGAGAUGACGUGCGGGACCAAAGGCCCCGCAUGCACGGCCCCGGGGGGGUGCCAGACGCGCCCCUCCUAUGGCUUGCCCGACAAGUUUGACGGGGAGCACCACCCCUUCCCCAAGCGUUGCAAGAAGCACUCGCUGCAGGGGAUGGAGUACACCAGAUUGGCGGCGCGGGCCAAGAAAAAGCGUGCUCUCGAGAUGGCGAAGCAGGAGCCCGCUUCAGUCGUGUCUCGACCACCGAUCACCGCCCGCAGUGCGGCCAAGCCGCUCUCACUGGCUCCCACCCCGCGGCUUCGCUCCACCCUUAAGUGCGCCAUGGCCACAGCCCCAAUCGUCGAGCCCAACGAAGACGAGGACUUGGACGAGGACUUGGACGCCAAUGAAGCGCAAGCCGAAGACCUGACCCGGACGUGGCCCCGCGAGAGCUGCAUGCAGGGCUCCCCCGAGGAGCAGAUCGCGGUGGUGCAGCAAAGGGAGCAGAAGGCCUUCGAGAACUUGGGCGAUCUGGUGACGCUGCAGGAGCUGGAGGAGAUUGAGGACCAGAAGAACGAUCAGAUGUGGGGCCGCGACGGGCCGAGCUCGUCGGAGCUGGCGGGCAUGUCCGAGUUUGAUAGGGACUUCUCCUCCAGCUGGGGCCGCGUCGUUAUGAUGCCGCCCUCGUCCACGUUCAGCUCGUCCUUGAUGGUGCGACAGAGGUGAAGAGGCCGUGAAGGGGAUUCUCGGAGGUUCCUAGGUCGCCCGUGCACGACAGGCUGUUGCUCCCGAGGUCCAGGUCCCCAGAAAGGGUCAGGUCUCCGGUAAGCGUCAUGUCCCCCGAAAAGGUGGCUCCUGCAGCGCUCAAGUCUCCGGUGAGCUCUGCACCGUCGGCGUAGAGCGUCCUCCACGUGUUCGAACUGGAUCCCAGAUCAAA